ACACCUUAUCAACCACUCUCUCUCUCUCUCUCUCUCUCUCUCUCUCUCUCUCUCACAGAGACACAGAAGCCGAAAAAUGGGCUUUGUGAAGAAAGAUCUGGAUGUGUUGCUGGUUCCGAGUGGCUUGCUCAUCAUGUUCGUGUACCAUCUCCAACUCCUCUACAGAUACCUUCAUCAGCCUCACACAACUUGCAUGGGGUUUGAGAACUUCAACAAGCGAUUCUGGGUUCGGGCUAUCAUGCAGGCUGAGAGGAGGGACCUUGGCACGUGCCUCACGGUGAUCUCCUCCAACAUAUCGGCGGCGACGUUUCUGGCAAGUGUCUCGCUCACCCUCUGCUCCCUGAUUGGUGCCUGGAUCAGCAACACCAACAACAACUUCUUCGUGAGCGACCUUGUCUAUGGCGACACCCGGCCUACCACACUGUCCAUCAAGUACAUCAGCCUCCUCAUUUGCUUCCUCCUCGCCUUCUCAUGCUUCAUCCAGUCAGCCCGGCAUUUUGUCCACGCCAAUUACCUGAUCAGCACGCCGAGCGCGAGCAUCCCACCGAAGAGCGUUGAGUUGGCCGUCAUCCGAGGCGGCGAUUUCUGGUCCGUGGGGCUCAGGGCACUGUACUUUGCUCUUAACUUGCUUCUCUGGUUCUUCGGACCAAUACCCAUGUUUGCUUGCUCCAUUUUCAUGGUCCUGUUCUUGCACUACCUCGACUCCAACACGUCUCCAUUAAUUGAGCACGAGUUUGAUGGAGGGGAAGUGAUCAAGAAGGUGGAGCAAAGAGUCUCUGAGAUCGCAAUGGCCAUUCGCAUGCCUUCACAUCAGAAUUGACCAGGCCUGAUUUGUUUGAGUACAUCUAGGAAGAAAAACACAGGGUUUGAUUUUUCUCGACGUAGAUAGGCAAUUGCAAAGUGUAUCGAUUUGAAUUAAAUACCGGAAAUAAGCUUGGAA